CUGUCAGAGGGAGCUGCACAGGGUUACACUGUCAUCUCUUACAGGCAUUAUUACUAUAGAAUUUUAAGUUUGUGAUCUUUGCCUUUGGAUGCACAUGAUUCCUGUGAAAAGGGGAGCACUUUGAGUGUGGGCCCAGGGCUGCUUAUCUGAGACACAGUGAAGCCUGUGGUAUUUAAAGAGCAGGGGUCACAUGGUCAGUCAAAGUGGUGGGAGUAGGGGGGUGUGAACAGCACUGGACGUCAGUGAGAGGCUACUGCUGAGAGGACACUGAAGGGACAAGGAGUGGAGGAGCCCUACUGCUUCUGAAGGACAACAUGAACUGAGAGGAGAUCAGAAGAGAAGCUGCCUUUACUGUUGGACUUUGCCAGGACAGAGGAGCCAUGUGGGCCCUGGUCACAGAGCUGCUCUUCAGCUUCGUGCUGCUGGCCUUCUUGGUCAUCAGUUGUCAGAAUGUGCUGCACAUAGCCAGCGGCUCGGUGCGUUCCGUGCUCACGCACAUACACCAUGCUCUGGACCAUGAGCUGGGGGAGGGGGAGGGCGUGGCCGACGAAGAGGAGAAUGUCACCACCAGAGUGGUGCGCCGCCGCGUCAUCCUCAAGGGUGAUGAGGCAGACAAUCUCCCUGGGGAGCAAGUGAGCGAAGAACACUUCACUGACGAACAUGGAAACAUUGUCACAAAAAAGAUUGUGAGGAAGGUGGUGCGGCGGGGCAAGGGUGAGGAGGGGGUUCAGGACAUGACAGAGGAGGACCCCAAUGACCUGGAGACCGAGCAGUACAUGAGCUAUGCCAUCCUGGGCCGGGACAGCAGCAAGAAUUCUCCACACGAUUCUAGCCCUUCUCGUAAAGCAUCAUACAUGGACACAUGACCCGGUGCUGUUGCUGACCAGUGACCACCUCACACCAGAUAGCCAGACAAACGGACCUGAGCACCACCAGACCUUCAGCACGCCACCACCGAAGGAUAUGGUUUUACCUGUAGUUUUUAUGACUUUUUUUUAAAACCAUGAGAAACAUCUACUCUAGGCAAGACGCAUGAUUUCGUAUAAAAUUAAAACACAGACCAAAAAAAUUACAAAAAAAUUGAGCAACCAAAUGAGCUUCCUGUAUGUGUAUGAGCAUGAGUGACUCCCACCGCAUGGCCUGUUUUUAACUACGAUAUGGGGGGGGUUUGGGGGACAGGCAUGCAGCACUGAAUAUGGUCAAUGAUGGGCCAAUCAUAAAGUGGCGCGAAAUUUGAAAAAAAGGGUAAUGAAUUUGAAAAUGAAAAGAAUAUUGUCUCUAGGCAACAGUUUCUCUCCCUUGUGUCCAUAUCCACUGAACUUAUAAUUCUAUGUGGUUUUAUCAACAGUUUAACGGCUUAAGAGCUUAAAUAUGAUUCCUUAGAUAUCCUGCAGAUGGCGCCAUGCAUCAUCUUGUUUGGGCUUAUUAGCUUUCCACAUUUGAUUUACUUGAAUGUGUUUGUUAGCCAGUAUUUCCAUUAAAUUGUUGCUGGAAGGUAGUUUGGUAUGAUAUGAGAACAUGUAUUUUGCCAGUGUACGAAAAUUUCAUUUUGCUAUUAUUUUUGAAUUGAACACAAGAUAAACAUGCGAUUAAAAAAUAUCAAUAGAAAGCUCUACAGGUGUUUGCUAGCAUGGUUGACUUUAGCAUACAGUUUCAUGGAAAUAAUGCAAAAGUUUGGGCUUGUUAUUGUCUUCAAAAUGAGCAUAGAGAAGUAUAGAAGACCAAGGAGAAGUCUCAGCCAAAGAUGUGUAGUCAAAAGUUACAUCUUAUUUUUUACAGAAUAACCUAUAUUUUUUUUGCAUCAAACUAAGAUGAUGAAUGAGCUACCAUGAGUGAGUUAACAUCACGUGUCUUCCAUCUGUGUCUGGCCUUUGUCACUACUCACCGGUGCCACCUCAGAGUAGAUGUAGCAGCCUUGUCCUCAGGCAGAGGCAGGGUCAUCAUGGGGCAAAAGACUAGCAGCAAGUAGCAGCAUCUGGAGUCUGCCCUACAACCAGAGGAGCUCAAGACUGUAGCACUGAAGGAGAGAAGACAGGUGCGGGACUACAUUUGUGUCCAAAGUAGGUUUCUUAUAACCUCAGUCAAAGGUCCCAUACUAUGCAAUAAUGUUGUGUUUAGAAUGCUUGAACAUCCAGCAGUGACACGUCAUGCUUUAUGACAAUGAAGAGUGAAGCAAUUUAAGACUAAAUCAGUUGCUACUAGCAUCAAAGAGACUAAUAUAGAGAUUAUAAUACCCAGAGUCAUUGCAAACAUGGUCCAAAGCCGAAUAAUUGUCAUUUCAGCAUGACAUUUACUUGAAUGUAAAAUUCAGAAAACAUGUUUUCAUUUUGGAAGUAUAUUAUUGCUAUUGUUUUCCAUGAUUACAUGAGCCAGACAUUACUUCCAUAUUUAAUGCACAACGUGUGCAUAAUUUGGGGAUGUGUUUGUCUGGUUUGCAGUUUUACAUUUGUGCAAAUUAUGUGCACAAUCACCUUGAAUAUUGUUAAAGGAACUGUAUAGCUCGCACUCUUACAAUCAGUGUUUGGCGCAACAUUUUUGUAAUCAAUAAAUCAGCAUUAGAAUUAUCAUCAGUAUAAGCUUUAUUUGAUUUCAACAUGCUAAACUCAUGUCUGGGGACAUAGUUAGGUCAUGUUUAUCAAGUUUAAAAUAAAAAUUUCACAUACAGCUCAUUUAAGAAAGAGUAACUGCACUUGUUAAAAGAGUGUAUAGUUGGAAGGUUUUGUACAGCCAAAUCGAUUUGUCUGCAUCCACUUUUGGCACAAAUGUCACCCCGUACUCGACAGUGGAGAGGAGGGUGCGUCGAGUUGAGUUGAAUGUUUGUCCCUUUUGCUUCUUCUUGAGAGUCACCAAUCACUGUGAAGAGUUCUCUGACCUGUAACUGUGAGUGUGGCCCUUCGCAAGCGCCACUCUCCUCCGCUAAUUCAAACACACCCAAACCUACGCAGCAAUAACAGCGCCGAGAAGAUUGUCCAUGUGACUGGAGAGGAAACUUUAGCUUCAUGUUCUUCCUAAACGCGGCUUCUAGUCGGUGGAGAGCAGAUUCAGGCCCCCCAAGCAAUGAUGUCAGUACAUAGAAACUUCAUUUUGGACUUGUAUAAAGUGACAAUUGCAUUUCGAGUGUAGCAACUUUUUUAUCUCAUCCUCGUUUAGUGUUGAACUUCCAAUGAGCCAUCUCACCUUCCAAGUGCCCAGUUCUAGAGAUUUGCAUUUCAGAUUGACAAGAGUGUGUUUAUGAAUGUCUGUGGUUGUUCUAAAACCACAUGGGUUCUUCAGUAUACAUACAUAUAUUCAGUAUACAGUUAAAGGUUCUGAAAUGGGCAAAGGAGAAACUUAAUGAGUCUUCUACAAAACACUUUUUUUUCCAAGUUGCUUUACCUCAAGUUCAGAUGACGGCCAGAAAGUUGCAAAAUAAGACUUAUUUAACAACAUUGUAAUAAACAUGUUUAUAAUUUCAACUGACAAACAGGUUGCACAAAACUACCACUAUAAAUAUAAAGGUGUUUUCAUUCAUUUGAAAGGUCUUAUUUUGCAAUUUUGGUUUGCACUUUACAGCCACCAUAAAUUUAACCUUUGCCAUCUCAUGUUAUAUCAUAAGCUUAUUUCAAUUAUUUUCUCAAAGUUGUUCAAAUAGUUGCUUUGUGUAAAAUCAUACCAAUGCUGCAAUAACCACCUAGUAGUGUUCGUUUAGUGCGACUUGAAUUGAUGAAUGUACAGUCUUGGUGUACUGUAGUUCUGAAGUAGUCCUAUGUGUUGACUGUAUUUUAGUAGAUUAGAGAAUGUUUCACCUCUGUAUCUGCUAAUAAUCUACAGUAUAAAGUCAUCUCAGUGCUAACACAGAGGCACAGGGGCGAAGGAGUUUGAACUAACAAACAUUUCAUCAUAUAAGCUAUAUUUUACAAAAUUUUUAAUAAUAAGACAAAAGCCAGAUGUCAGUGAGAAUAUGCAGUAGUAGUUGCAAAUGAAGGGCUCAGGAGUUUUGCUUGUUUCUGAAGCCAAGGGCCAUUUUUACUCAAGCAGCUGAUGUCAUGAGUGAGGGGGAGAGGUGAGGAGAGGUGAGGGGGGAUGAGUGCUCGGACUGAAGGCUGUACAUGCAUAGGUUCAUAAAAAGUAUGAUUACAUGUAUUUGAGAUUCCAAAGCAUCUCAAUUCCUUGCAGUUGUCUUUAUUUAAAAUUACAAAAAUUUGGGAAAAUCCUCUUCUAGAAAUAUAUAGUUUGUUCCAGUCCUUAGUUAAUUUUGAGUCCUAUCUACAGUGUUUCGAACAAGGACAGGACAGGAGAACCACUAUACAUAUUUUAGGUGGGAGACUGAAACGCCAAGAGCAAAUCCUCUUGUAGUUUUAUUUGCUUAUAGAUAUAUCUUAUUAUAGCAUACUGUCCUAAUCAAAAACAUGAGACCACACAGGUGAAACUGAAUGAGUUUCCUGACCUUAUCUAGGAUGGGCGAGCUCUCAGCUACACAGAUGGGCUCAGUGCAUACAGCCAGACUCGGAGCCAUAUGGCCAGGGCACACUCAGCUGUUCAGAGACUCGGUGGACUUAAUGACCAGUAGUACAAGAUGGCUGACAUUUUCCCUCCACAGUAUAGCCUUCUAGAGCCCACACCAGAGGAGCAGGCUUCCACAUAGAGACUUGAGAAGCAGAGAGUGACGUCACAGAGUUCAUGCAAAAAUAUUACUGUUGCAAAAACUAGAGAACUUGUAUAUUUCUUUAGAAUGGAUUGAAGACAUUAUUAACGCAAUAGUAUAUACUCAAUACUAAGGAAUGCAACUGCGCACAUGAACAGAAAAUCUUUUUAUCAUAAAAGGCUAUAUGUCUAUAAAUAUAUAUAUGAGAUAUAUGAAGUAUAUAUAUUUACUUAGAAUGCUAUGCACCCUUCCUUGUCAAAUGGGAUUAUGUUAUGGAUAUACUUUUAGCAUCAUACAGCUGUAGCUACCAAGUGACUGUCGGGUAAUGCCUGCAACCUGGGAAAUAAAGGGACAUUCUGGGGUAUUUGAAAUUAUUUUUGUUUGCUUUUUUUUAUUGUUAUAGAGAAUCCUACAUGAAUUUAAAAUAUAUGUAAAAGCCUUUUAAUCCAGUUGACUCUGUUAACAUCUAUGAAUUUACUCGGUACACCAGCUCAACAUUUACAAAAAUUAAUAAAGAAAUGAAAUGUC